CUGGUUGCUAUUUGUUUUCCUUUACAUUAUCAUGCUGUUGUAACCAAACCAGCCAUGUUUCUGAUCAUAGGGCUGCUGUGGAUUUUGUCUGUGACAUUUUUUUCUGUAUUUGUAGGUUCUAUGACCAGACUUUCUUUUUGUGGAUCUAAUGUGCUUGAUACUUAUUUUUGUGAUUAUGGCCCUAUCUAUAGACUAGCCUGUAAUGAUACUUCUCUGAUAAUUUUUUUGGUUAAAAUGUGCUAUGGUCUCCUGAUUUUUACACCACUGAUAUUGAUCUUCAUUUCAUAUUUCUGCAUUGCUCUGGUUUUGUUUAAGAUUCCCCAUGGUGUUGACCGUAUCAAAGCCAUAAAAACCUGUACCUCACAUCUCCUGAAAGCCAUGAAAACCUGCAACUCACAUCUCAUGAUGGUGGCAAUCAGUUAUCUCCCACUUAUAAGCAAUAAUAUUGCAUCUAUAACAACAUAUUCUGAUCCGAACACCAGGAUAAUUAACACUUGCCUGACACAGACAAUACCACCUAUGCUGAAUCUCACAAUACCACCUAUGCUGAAUCCCAUCAUAUACACUCUAAAAACAGAAGAGGUCAUGCAAUCCAUAAAAGAACUGUACAAACGCAGCAAACUGUGA